CCUCCGCCAGCUGCCAGCCGUAGGGGUCCUUACUACUGGUUAGCCUCUUGCUAGCCAGCAAACACGUACGCAGUAGCUCGGGGAAGCAGAACAUGACGUCUGUGGUUGAUUUAUGCAGAGAAUGAUCCGAAAAAAUGCCAGGGAUGAGCUGACCUCAACGACUCUCGACGUCUUCUUCCACUUCCUGGCGAGCGCGAGCCUCCGCUGAGACGUCCCCUCUGGCGCCAUCAUGUAUUGCCUGCAGUGGUUGCUGCCCGUGCUGCUCAUCCCCAAACCGCUGAACCCAGCGCUGUGGUUCAACCACUCCAUGUUCAUGGGCUUCUACCUGCUCAGCUUUCUGCUGGAGAGGAAGCCCUGCACCAUCUGUGCCUUGGUCUUCCUCGCCGCCCUCUUCCUCAUUUGCUACAGCUGCUGGGGCAACUGCUUCCUGUACCACUGCCAGGACGCCGCCCUGCCGCACACCGCCCACGACCCGGCCAUCGUUGGCACCUAGAGAGGGUGGGAUGGUGUUGUUGCCGCCAUGCUGGAUGGACUAUGUUGGCGGAGGAGCAUCGACCCACGUUUUUGGAGGGCAGAGUUGCGGGCCAUGCUGUAAAGACACUUGAACUUGGUGGGGGGCAAGCAAACAACGGACAUAUUUGUGAAGCACAUGUGACCACCACGAUUUCUCGUCUCUACUCAAUUCUUCUCACAGGACAAUCCUCCUCUUUCACUCCGCCAUGUCAAGCUUUUUAAUCAACUUUCCACCAAAAGAAGACACAAACUUGUUUCUUUUUAGUCUCGUGUUGAGCUGUCCGUGUGUGCUUUGCGGCUUUUUAAUUUAAAUAAAGUUUCUUUCCCUCACCA